AUGUAUUUCUCUUUAUCUUUUUCUCUUUCUUUAUCUAUAUGUCUUUCUCCUCUCUCUCUCUCAUUUCCCUUUCUCCUCUCUCUCUCUCUCAUUCUGUCCCUUCUUCUCUCUUUCCUCUUUCUUUCUCUUCCCUCUCUUUCUCUUUCCCCCUCUCUCUCUCUCUCAUUUCCCCUCUCUUUCUCUCUCUCUCUCUCAUUUCCCUUCUCCUCUCUCUUUCUCUCAUUUUCCCUUUCCCUCUUUCUCUCUUUUUCCCUUUCUCCUCUUCUCUCUCUCUUUCCUUUCCGUUUUUCUUUCUUUCUCUUUAUCCUCAUUUCUCCUUUGUCUUCAUCUAUGUCUCUCUCUCUCAUUUCCCUUUCUCGUUAUCUCUCUUUCUCUUUCUCUUUAUCUUUUUCUCCUUUUCUCUUUAUCUAUAUGUUUCUCCUCUUUCUCUCUCUCUCUCAUUUCCCUUUCUCCUCUUUCUCUCUCUCUCUCAUUUCCCUUUCUCCUCUUUCUCUCUCUCUCUUUUCCCUUUCUCCUCUCUCUCUCUCUCUCUCUCUCUCUCCUUUUUGUCUUUCUGCACUCUCUCUCUCUCUCUCUCUCUGA